AUGCUCGACACAGUCGUCUCCUUCACUCUCUCAGAGGCGCUAGCAGUGGCAGCGGCCGUCGGCCUGUUUCUGGGCCUGUUCUCGGCAGCAGCUCUCCUCGUGCUCCUGCGAUGGGUGGAGAAGCGCCUGGUAGAGGCGCGGCCCGGCGGCGACAGCCGCCCCCCGCGGCAUGCCGAACCCACCGCUAACGCGGCAGCACGGAGGCGCGGCGAGCAGCCGCCGCCGCCACCGCUUGCCGGCGGCACGGUGCAGCAGCAGCAGCAGCAACCACCACCGCCGCCCGACGGCGGCAGGAGGGAGCAGCAGCAGCAGCAGCCACCGCCGCCGCCGUACGGCGGCGGCGAGCAGCCACCACUCUCCCACAUGCCGCUGGAGCUCAUCCAGGGGCAGCGCCUGGGCCGCGCCACAGACGCCUUCGCCUUUGGUGUGCUGCUGUGGGAGAUGUACUGCGGGGAGCGGGCGUGGGCCGGAAAGAGUGCGGUACAGAUCCUGUACGCCCGUACCGCCAAGCACCAGCGCCUCGCCGUGCCCGCCGACUGCCCCGCCGGCUACAAGGCCAGCCGCUGCCGCCGCUUCUGUGCUGACAGCAGUGGCCAGUUUCGCUGCGCCGUGGCGUUGGCGGAGGCAUGCCUCGACGACGACCCCAAGCGCCGGCCCAGCUUCGACCAGAUUGCUGCCACCCUGGCCGGGCUGGCGCGGGAGGGGUGA